AUGACUUCAACACUCAGUUCGAUCGCAUCAGAACUCGUUCCGAUCCCAUCGAGCGAAGCCUUGCCUACACCCACGUCCUGUUCUCCAGGCAUCGCUCCUAAUGAUCUCAACAUUACGGGACUCACAGGUCAAAUCUGUCAGGUCAACGUUCCUCCGAACGAUGUCAACAUCACAUCCUGCUGCAACAAUGGUGCUGAGGUCCGUGUCUUGAACGACUGCACUCAGUGGUGCGAGGCAGAUGAUGGGAGUGAUUUCUUCGACUGUAUCAACGACAUGGCCUCGUCGGCGUAUCCCUUCCUUGGUGGGCCAUGUGUAGUCUUGUCGGCAAGCUCGACUCCAACGAUGUCAUCAUCCCGCACCGGAAUCGCAUCGACACCGUCUACUUCCCCAGAGACUCAGACGCCGGAGUCCACCGAGGCGUCGCCUUCCACCACUGAGUCAGAAGAGGAUGGCGCUGAAGCAACGGAGACUCCCGAUGUCGAAGUAUCACAGCUUGCUGAUUAA